CCCACGUAACACUUUGCAGACCAGUGCAGUUUCGAUCGUAGACUAACAUAUCACGCGAGAUCCGAUCCCUCAGUUUCGUCGGACUCAGAAUUUUUAUUCGCCAAUUUUUCAUAAAUAUACUGAGUUGUUUGGGACCAUACAUCAGUUGAUUAUUCGACGAUGGGACCGAUUGUCACACUUUUGGGCCUUGCCUGCCUCGCUUCUUCGGUCCUCGCUCAAUCCGGCCUGCGCGUUCAGUAUCAAUGGGAAUAUGUCGACUGGGUUGAACCGAGCGUCGAACAAACUGGAAAAUCUUAUAUUCUGGGAAAUUCAUUUCCCCUUGACAUAGAUAUCGACAAGUUGGGACGAAUUUUCGUGACAAGCCCGCAGUGGUUCGAGGGAAUACCGAUUUCAUUGUCGCUGAUGACCAAUGCGCAGGGGCCGGGCGGUCCCUUGCUGACGCCGUAUCCAGACUGGUCCUGGCAUGUGCCCAACGAUUGUGAGAAAAUUACCUCCGUUUUCAGGAUAGCGAUCGACGAGUGCGAUCGAUUGUGGUUUGUCGAUCUAGGCAGAAGAGGUAAAACGCUUAUGUGUCCGAUGAAGAUUAUGGUGUUUGAUUUGAACACCGAUCAAUUGAUACACACACACAUUCUAAGCGACGAAACAUCGUUGAACGGUAUGGCUUCAUACGUAACGCCAAUUGUUGAGAUCGGAGCAACCUGUCUCGAUACUCAUCUUUUCGUCGCCGACGUUAUACGCCAUGGUAUGAUGGUCUACGAUCUGAGACGCGAUCAUUCGUGGAGACUCAAUAACACAUACGGAAACGCUUUCGGUAACGAUUCCGACGUAUCGAGUCUGACCAUUGCUGGUGAAACUUUCGACCUCAUCGAUGGUACACUCGGAAUGUCUCUUUCUCCACCAGGAUUUUCAGACAAAAGAUAUCUCUACUUCAACUCGCUAGCCAGCUAUUACCAAAAAUUCACAGACGUCGAUUCGCUCAAGAUGAGCGAGAAUCAGGAACCGAUAAUAUACCAGUCGAUAUUGAAGCGGCCGAGUCAGGCGGGUGUUCAGGCGACUUCGAAACGUGGCGUACUGUUUUUCCAGCUGGUCGAGUACACGGCGAUAGCAUGUUGGAACAUCGAAAAACCUUUUACUCCCGAAAACAUUGCUGUUAUUGCUCAGGACGAGGAAAAAUUACAAUACGUAAGCGGUAUUAAGGUAAAAGUUAAUCCGGAAGGACAAGAAGAGCUUUGGUUCAACACGAUCAGACUGCAGAAAAUCGUACUCAAGACGAUCCGACACGACGAAGUUAACUAUAGAACUUUACGAGGCCUCGUCGAUGACUUGAUACGGAAUACGGUUUGCGAGCCUCCCAAUUGGCGCGGUUCCUAUCCCGACUUGACAUCGUGGCGACAGAUUUAAGGCAACUUCCACUGUGCGAAGAAAAAUUUUUUCGAUAAGGUAGAAUGGAGAUCGACAAGAGUGCUUUUUGCAAAAAGAACUCUUAUUAAUGUGAAAUAAACCAUAAUACAAAAAAAUGA